AGCCGGCGGCCGAGCUGGGCAGCUCCCCGGGCACUGCGAGGGCGAGGAAAGCCCCCCUAGGACCGGCGGGAGAAAUGGAGGAGAACAGCCUGAGAAACAGGAGAGACGACGAGAGGUCCACGGGGAGCAUCCAGGCCAAGGAACCCAAGACCACGAGUCUCCAGAAGGAGGUGGGCCUGCUCAGCGGCAUCUGCAUGAUCGUGGGCACCAUCAUCGGCUCUGGGAUCUUCAUCUCCCCCAAGUCUGUGCUCAGCAACACGGAGGCCGUGGGGCCCUGUCUCAUCAUCUGGGUGGCCUGUGGGGUCCUGGCAACACUGGGCGCCCUGUGCUUUGCGGAGCUCGGUACGAUGAUCACCAAGUCGGGGGGCGAGUACCCUUACCUGCUGGAGGCCUUCGGGCCCAUCCCCGCCUACCUCUUCUCCUGGACCAGCCUGUUCGUCAUAAAGCCCACCUCCUUCGCCAUCAUCUGCCUCAGUUUCUCCGAGUACGUCUCUGCGCCCUUCUACUCAGGCUGCAAGCCCCCCGAAGCUGUGGUGAAGUGCCUCGCGGCCGCUGCCAUCUUGCUCAUCACCACCGUGAACUCGCUGAGCGUGCGGCUGGGGAGCUACGUCCAGAACGUGUUCACGGGGGCCAAGCUGGUGAUCGUGGCCGUCAUCAUCAUCGGGGGCCUGGUCCUCCUGGCCCAAGGAAAUACAAGGAAUUUCGAGAAUUCUUUCGAGGGCGCGAAGCUGUCUGUGGGCGCCAUCAGCCUGGCCUUCUAUAACGGCCUCUGGGCCUACGACGGCUGGAAUCAGCUCAAUUACAUCACGGAAGAACUCAGGAACCCUUUCAGAAACCUGCCCUUGGCCAUCAUCAUCGGGAUCCCACUGGUGACAGGCUGCUACCUUCUCAUGAACGUGGCCUACUUCACGGUCAUGACCCCCACCGAGCUCCUGCAGUCCCAGGCGGUGGCCGUGACGUUCGGUGACCGCGUUCUCUACCCGGCCUCCUGGGUGGUUCCCCUGUUCGUGGCCUUUUCCACCAUCGGUGCUGCCAACGGGACCUGCUUCACGGCGGGCAGGCUUGUGUACGUGGCGGGCCGGGAGGGCCACAUGCUCAAAGUGCUCUCCUACAUUAGUGUCAAGCGCCUGACUCCAGCCCCCGCCAUCAUCUUUUAUGGCAUCAUAGCGACUAUUUACAUCAUCCCCGGUGACAUAAACUCGUUGGUCAAUUACUUCAGUUUUGCUGCGUGGCUCUUUUACGGCCUGACGAUUCUGGGACUGGUUGUGAUGAGGUUCACAAAGAAAGACCUGGAAAGGCCUAUCAAGGUGCCCAUUUUCAUCCCCAUCUUGGUGACCCUCAUCUCCGUGUUCCUGGUCGUGGCCCCGAUCAUCAGCAAACCCGCGUGGGAGUACCUCUACUGUGUCCUAUUUAUACUGAGCGGCCUUAUCUUUUACUUCCUGUUCGUCCACUAUAAGUUUGGAUGGGCUCAGAAAAUCUCGAAGCCCAUCACCAUGCACCUGCAGAUGCUGAUGGAAGUCGUGCCGCCGGAGGAAGCCCUGGAGUAACAAGCUCGGCCUCCCAGAGCCAAGUCCAAGUUGCGAUAAAUUUAUUUUUGUAAGC